GUGCUGGUUUGACAGUCUCGGGCGACAAGAAGGAAAACAAGACAGCGAGGCUUUUUUUCUUCUUCUCUUCUUUGCUAAAGGCGUAUCAUUGCUGGAUGCCACCAUGAAGCAGAAAACAUAAGUUGAGCAUUCAAAAGGACGCUGCCACUUGUACUUUACUGCAGAUAUUCAUCGGUGGGAUGAAGAACUGAAGUCUUAAAAGAGUUUUGUGCCAAACAUGUCUAAACCAAUGGAUCACGUCAAACGCCCGAUGAAUGCUUUCAUGGUUUGGUCCAGAGCCCAGCGCAGGAAAAUGGCUCAGGAGAACCCGAAAAUGCACAACUCCGAGAUCAGCAAGAGAUUAGGAGCGGAGUGGAAACUUCUCACCGAGUCUGAGAAGAGGCCAUUCAUCGACGAAGCCAAACGACUGCGAGCGAUGCACAUGAAGGAACACCCAGACUAUAAAUACAGACCGAGGCGGAAGCCCAAGACUCUGAUGAAGAAAGAUAAGUUUUCCUUCCCCGUGCCCUACAACCUGGGGGAGCACGACGCGCUCAAAGUGAGCGGGCUCUCCGGACUUUCAGACUCCCUGGUCGGGCACCCUGACAAGGCGGCGGCGGCUGCGGCGGCCGCAGCGGCGAGGGUCUUCUUCAACCCAUCCAUGUCGAACCCGUACUCCUUUUUCGACCUGGGAUCCAAGAUGACUGAGCUUUCCCCGCCUUCGUUUCCGUACGCGUCUCCGUUGGGCUACGGGCCGGGAGGCGCCACGGCGUUCACCGGGACUAGUGGCGUCGGUGGCGGGACGCACACCCACACUCACUCGCACCCGUCCCCUGGAAACCCCGGCUACAUGAUCCCUUGUAACUGUACGGGCUGGCCCUCAGCGGGACUCCAGCCGCCCUUAGCAUACAUCCUGCUCCCCGGGAUGGGGAAGCCUCAGCUUGAACCGUACCCUGCAUACGCUGCAGCGUUAUGAUAAGGCCCCCAGCUCUGGACUUCUUCAUGAAAUGUGACUAAAAAAGCUUCUCAUGCAAGAGUUUAUUAUGCAUGCACAAACUUGUACAUGUGAUGAAGUGCUCGUCGUCUCAGAUAUCACAUGUGUAUGUAUAUUGAUUACUGCCUUUAUCUAAGGUAUUUAGAGAACUCUCUAAUCUAUUAUUACCCAGCCAUCCCCUCUCACAGGACUAAAAGGAUGGCACAAGAGGAAAAAGGCUGUCAGAGCAUUUUGUGAUUUUGAAUUUCUAUCUUUUUGCACCUGCUUUGACUAACCUGUUGGAAUCAAGGGCAGAAAUCACAGGGAUUCCUCUCAGAUAAGUUGUAGGGCUGUAAUUCAUGGAUGGAGGAGGAUUUGUCCCAUCAUUCCUCCUCUUCUUCUUCUUCUUGACUGACUGUAAAUGUGUACAGAUAAAAAUGCCUCUAGUUUAUUUGCCGUUAUAGGCUUAGUGUUUGAGAUAGGGCCAGGAUUACGCAUCUCACUAGAAAUGCGGUGUAUAUUUUGAGUUUUUAAACCGUUUUAUAGAUGUCUGUAAUAUUUAUUGUUUAGUGGAAUCUAUGGUGACCCAGACGAUUUUCAAAAAGGACAAGACUUCUGUAAUAUUUUGCACAUGAGGAUGUAAUUUAUUUUGAAGGUGAUUCAUCAUUUUUUUCCCUCCCCUCCAACAAAAAAAGAAAAAAAUUAAAUGCAGGUGGAAGUUUAUUCCAGGAGAUUUGUUGACCCCUUCACUCCUCGUAUCAUGUGAAAAAAAGACGUUUUUAACUAACUCUUAUGGAAUUUGUAUGUUUUGUGUUUUCUUUAACCUCCGUUCUGUACUUCAUCCUAUUGCUACUGUUCACUUGUUGAGCAAAAGGACUACAAUAAAGGCGUAUUCGGAUUAAACGGA